AACUCUGUUUGGUUGGCAAAUUAAAAUGAAUCUACUACACGGUUUGUUUUCGGUGCUAUUUAUCGUUGAAUUUUCAGAACUUCAAGGAAAACAUGGCUUUUUCUCGCAAGCUCUUCUCAAGGGCGAAGUGAUUGAAAACAUGUCACAGGCAAAGUUUGUAGCUGGAAUCCAUGCCCCCGAAAACCAUCCGAAUGAUCCCAAUAGAGAAAUGAUGAGUAUUUGUACCGCAUUUAUUCUGUCGAGCACGGAAAUUAUCACGAAUGCCCAUUGUGUGGAUGACGCCCCAUAUGUUUAUGUGGUAGCUGGUACGAAAGUUGUAUCAGAUGUAAACCAGAAAAUUAUAAUCAAAGUCGAAAAAGAGAACGUUGUAUAUCACCCUUAUUAUAAAUUCAGCGAUACCGUUGGUAGUAUCGGACUCGUGGACAAGGAUUACAAAUUGAAUAACCCAUCAGAAGUGGUCACUGCCUAUGGAUAUGGCGUGUUGAACGACAACGAACCAAUGAUAUUGAGGCGUUGCGAUGCGAACUAUAUGUCUGAUGUCGAACGAGCCAAGACAUCUAACAUAAGUCAGACUUUGUACUUUACCACUGGUGAAACUACGAAUGAUGGCGAAAUUAUUACAAACGGCGAUUCGGGUGGACCAGUCGUUUCAAAAACAAAUGGCAAAAUAGUGGGGAUAACAAUGGGUAUGAAUGGAACAGCACAUGGUCGCGGAGCAUUCCUUCCAAUUACUCUAUUUCUUGAUUUUAUUCGUGACCCAAAGAGCGUGAAACCAAUUCCACCUCCGCUUACACCUAACGAAGCUAAAUUUAUAGCCGAUAUAACGGUACCGGGAAAAUUUCUUACUGCCUUCAAGAAUGUUCAUGCAGAUGCCGACGAAGAUGUUCGAAUGUUAUUUAAUGCAAUUAUUUUGUCGGAAACGGAGAUUUUGACCUGUGCGCAUAAUGUGCUCGGCGCCCCAUAUGUCUACGUAACCGUUAAUAAACUAUCAAGAAAUGCAACAAAAAUUAAAGUCACUGAAAACCAGAUAGAAAUUCAUGAGAAAUACGCAUUGUCUGGAUUCGCAUUUGACGUUGCCAAGAUUACACUUGCAGAACCUAUUGGACUUAUGAACGAUUAA